AUGAUAAUGUAUGGUUACCUUGUACCUUGGCCGCAUCUGGAAGUGUCUGCAGACCGUCUGUCCACUUGGAACCAGAGAGUUAGGGUUGCAUCUAGCAGAGACGAGUCAGCCAUUGUUGCAUUGCAACAAUGCAGAAACUGGAUCUUCUGGUCCAACCUGACAAUCCUCUUCAAUAAAUGGAUUCUCGAGUCGACUCCGUUUCGCUACCCAAUCCUCCUGACAUCAUGGCACCUCUUCUUCGCAACCCUCGCCACCCAGCUCCUCUUUCGCACCUCCAUCCUCGCGACCCCCAGAUCGAUCAAGAUGACGCCAAGCCUAUACAUGGCCAAAAUUGCGCCAAUCGGUCUUCUUUACUCAGGGAGUCUCGUUUGCAGUAAUAUGGCAUACAUAUAUCUCAAUGUCGGGUUUAUCCAGAUGCUUAAGGCCUCUGGACCUGUGAUAACGCUCCUCAUUAGCGCCCUCUACGGCGUCACAGAACUGACCGCGGCCAAGCUCGUCAAUGUGGCCGUCAUUACAGCCAGCGUCGGGCUGACUGUCGUCAGCGAGAUCCAGUUCUCCUGGGUUGGUGUAGCGGUGCAGCUUGUUAGUUUGGUUCUCACUUCCACCUCUUCCUCUUUGUCCUCGCCUACAUUGGAGACGCAUAAUGCAGAAACGGGCGAAGAGCCCGGUCCACUCGGCACCGAUACACUGCAUGAAACGAGCUCCAAAGACGAGGAAGAGGCAUCGACAAGCGAAAACACAGCCCGGGGACAGAGCCAGAGCCUGAGACUCACCAAUAUGGAUCCCCUCCUGAGCCUCUACUACACAGCCCCCAUUUGCGCCGUGAUGAACGGCAUCUUGGCGUGGAGGACGGAAAUCCUCCCACUCCUGCUGGACCAAAUUGACCCCAACUCGUCGUCUGCCUCAGAGGCAGCACCUGCUGGACUGCUGGGGAUUAUCCUGUCCACAGGACUUGGGACCCUCCUCCUCAACGCAGUGGUAGGGUUCAUGUUGAACGUUGCUGUUUUCACGCUGGUCUAUCGGCAAAACCUCGGGUCUAACAAUGACGCUCUGGUAUUCUGGGGAACAAGUGUCUCCCUCCUCCAGGCGGUCGGAUAUGCGGGGGCCUUAGGGGGUUUGGUUGUCUAUGCUGGGGGAGGGGGGUAUAUAAGACGGGGGAUUUGGGGAGCUGCCGUGUGGGCAAGAAGGAAGGGGAUGGCAAGAUAUGGAUAUAGAGGGUUGGGCUUGGGUGCAGAUGGGGACCGGGAGCAGAAAGAUUGCGUCAAGCCAAAGUAG